AUGCAAAGCAUCAAUCACGACUCGGAGCUGAUGACGCAGUAUGUUGCUGCUCAGGCAUUCCCUAAUACGAAGCGGUUCAUUGCGCUUCAGGAUGAGAAGGCCAAGCUCAUGCUCUUCUCCCUUGGUACGGAUAACAAGGCAUAUGUGUCCAAAAUCGGUGCCUCGGGACAGACAAUGGUGCAGGACUUGGGCACCAUGCUGAAUCUUCCAACAAGUUAUGUGGCCCACGCUCUGGACGUGACCCAAGACCCUCAGUCCACCACGCUGUACAUCGCGUUGGCCACGGCCAAAGGGACUACCCAGAGCACCGUCUACCUGCUUCAACCCUUUACGCCGAAAGAACGUGACUUGGGCUCCAAGGAAACAAAACUAAACGAUCUGAUUAUACCGGAAACACAACCAGUAUACACACGGGUGUACUCCAUUCACACGAGCACCACGGCGAAAGGUGGCGAAUACCCACCCAUGCUGUUGGCCUAUCAGACAACUAUACACAAGUCCCAGGAUAUCGUGUCAGUCAAAGUUGCCAAGACGAACAGUAAUACGUAUAGCUGGCAACGCAUAAGCAAUGCCACUUUGCCGAUAAAUGCGAUCAAGGUCCUGGCCAUUCAGCCGCUGAAUCUCAAGUUUGGCGACAUCGAUCUUCCGGGGUUCGCCACCUUGUAUACCACUCAAAACCAGACAGCCUUGAACUUCCGUACCCUCAAUGCGCAACAGGAAUAUACCCAGUCUUUCAAGUGUCCUGCGGGUGCGCAAGCAUUGUCCGCUGUUGUUGAUUCACAGGGCUAUACCGACAUGCUUAUUGGGGCUGCCGGCCUUUAUAAGUUUGGCGCGGACCUGGUCAACACGACCAACGAGACAGACCCCAUAUCAAUCUCGAAAGAGGGGGUUCUUGCCUCGAUCAAAUACCUUGCAGUCACGCAGCAUGGAGCUGAUAUCUCCGUCUGGGCCACCAAUACAGCGGACGGCGUUGGCUAUCUGCAAACAAAAAGAGAUUUCACCGGAUCUAAAAAACAUGAGCAGGUUGUCCCGGAUGGCCAGGGGGGCUACUUUGCUCCCUUCAAAGGCACAUUGUCCGACACGGAGAAAUUCGUGGUUGCCGACCAGAAUGGGAAACUGUAUAUGCUGGAACAAGACCCCGUAUCUGGCAUCUGGAGUGUGGUUCCGCUGAUGACACCCGCACUUGAAAAGAUCUUCUCUGUUCGCUCGUAUGUGAGUCAGGUUGCUCCUCUUGAUUCCAAUAACCUACCCAUACUUGGUGCUCCCAUGAUGCUCAGAUCCUCGGGGGAUGUAAGUGUGAUUGUCAACGGUCGUCCAAUCUUGGUCACCACGACGGGGGUCCAAGUCAGAGCAGACCAGGCGGGCCUUCUCACCAUUACCAUCCCCACAGAGGACGUGGCAACCCAUACCUUCUCUGUCUCCAACAUCCAAACGUCCAAGGCGUCUACACCGGUGCAGCAUAAAUUUGAUCCUUCGAAAAAGGUGCAUGACAAGUUGGGUGAAAUCAAGACCAAAGAGCAGCUUAAAAAUAUCACUCUUCCGGAUGGAACAAAGCUUGUGAAGCCAAACUUGAGUGGCCCCGAGAUUGAAGGAGCUCAAAAGGCACUCGCGGCCGCAAUCACGCGCCGAAAUAAUAUUCUCAAUCCUUCGGCCCGGGCCGAUCCCAAUGACACUCCAGUGGCUCACGGGUACAAUGCGGAGUUGAUUACUACGAUAGCACCAAGCAGCAUCAAAACCAUGUUCUGGUCGGCAUGGCGCUGGCUGGAAAAGCAGGUGAAGAAAGUCGAAGCGUUCGUAAUUAGGGGCAAAGAAUUUCUGGUCACCAUUGGGCAAAAGGUAUAUAAAUGGGUCAUGAACACGGUCACUCAAGUAGCCAAAGCCAUCUCCUGGCUCCUGAGUCAGAUUGCUCAAACAGCCGAGAAGAUCUUUCAGUGGUUGGGAUUCCUCUUCAAUUGGUCGGAUAUAAAGACCACCAAGGAGUCUGUGACCAACAUCGCCAAUGACACAAUUGACAAGGGGGUCGAGAAGAUAGCUGACAUGAAGAACGGAGUAAACGGUUUUUUUCAAAAUAUGCAAAACCAGCUGAAUAAGCAUCGCCCUAAUGAGAGCCAACUGAACAAUGACAACGCAACGGCGAAUGAUUCUACUGCCGCGAAAGAGUCGUCCAAAGGUGCGCCCGUGCGAUCGGUAAAGGCAAAUUGGGUUAUGUAUCAGUUUGCCCAUGGAGGCGCCGGGAGCGCCUCAGUUAUCCAUAACCUGAGCGAGGAAGGCGGAUUCAGUGUAGGAUUAACAGCAGAGCAGUGGGAGACAGAGGCUCUAUCAAUCCGAACCAGCUUUGAGAAGACUGUGGGCGAUAAAGGAUCAACUUUCGCCAAGGGAUAUCAGCAACAAAAGCGCAGUGUCAAAACAAAAGAUGCAAUGGCCCAAAUCACAAGCCAACUCCUGACCAGCAUCAUCGCAGCCCUCAAAAAGCUGGCGGGCUUCGUCCUAGAUGGAGGAGCCAAGCUUGCGACCAAAUUCAAGGAAGUUAUAAACAAACCUAUUACAAUUCCGGUGAUCACUGCUGUUUAUAAACAGUUUAUCUCUGGAGGCCAUGAUCUCACCUUCCUCGACGCCAUUUCCUUUUUGGUGGCCAUUCCCACUACAAUUAUUUGGAAGCUGAUCAAGAACAACGGGACAUCCCCUCCAAUGUUCAAACCCGGCGACUUUAAGAAGCUUCUAGGCGGGUUGAAGAAUCCAACCACUAUGCAAGAGAUGCCAGUGCGGGAGAUGACAGACAAACCUAAUCUGCUGCCUUAUAACGAGUUCGCAAACAUUGUAAACGUCGUGGCCGGGGCGUUCGGUAUUUUCGCCGGGGCCAUUUCAAGCCCUGUGUCACUCACUGAACCACCGGCUGUUUUUGCAGAAUGGUACGGGGACGAAUCAUUUGCCCUUGUCCCCCCCGAUAAGCCGUUAAUUGAGUUGGCCAUGGCUGAAGGUGUCACGGAUGGCAAUGUCUGGAAAUCUUUUGAUUUCUGGGUUUCUGCAAUCGGCCUGGUUGUCAGUUGUUUCAAAGUUCCAUUGGAGCCCUUGCCGGCUCAAACGCUGCGGGUCAUCAGCUGGAUUGUCAGCUUGGCGGCUGAUACUGUGGGGUUGUCCCUACAAAUAAUCAGUUCAAUAGCACAGAAUGCCGUCAAGUUUGUCAAGGCCGUGACAGAUGCAAUCUUUCAACUCGUUAUAUAUGUGAUAGAGGUGAUCAUUCGAGCAAUUGAGGUCAAAACGCCAAAAUCGCUAUUUCCACAGAAAGAUGAUCUGUGGAGCUAUCUUGACAUGGCCCAGUUGACAUUCAAAUUGGUACAAGUCUGCAGCGCAUCAGUUGAGACGGUUGUCAAUGAACCACAAACAAAAGCUAUUGCGAAAGUUGUCAAACUCGCUACAAAUGGCUGCUCAUAUGUGUUGAUCGGAACUAAAACAGUGAUCAAGAUCACCAAAGGGGAGUACAAUUAUAUUCCUGCUUGCGUUGGGCUCUAA